AAAGAUGAAGCAGGAAGGUCAAAGAGUGAGAAACAGCAUAUUGAAAGUCAGUCUUCACCUUGCAGUGUGAAACUGAGUCUGUCUUCAGUGUCUGCAUAUAUACUGGCUGAAGUCUUUUUUUAUUCCUCAUUCAUUGAUCACAUAUUUGUUAGUUUUCUUUUAUCUUUUUUGGAUUGACAGAAGUCCAGGAUGAUUCACCUGACAGAUGGACAGUCCUUCAGAGCUUUGCUUCUCUAUCACAUCAUUAUCUCCCUUCUUCUCCUACAGUCUUCUGCAGGUCCGUAUAAGAUGGCUGGUCCAUCUCAGCCGAUAGUGGCAAAAUUAGGUGAUGACAUAAUUUUGCCGUGCCACCUGGAACCUGAGGUGAGUGCUGUCUCUAUGACUCUGGAGUGGUGGAGACCUGACCUGAACCCCAAAUUUGUCCACGUGUGGCGUGAUGGCAAGGACGAGCUGGCUGAUCAAAACCCGUCCUACAAAGGGAGAACAUCACUGUUCAUCGAGGAACUGAAGAAUGGAAAUGUUUCACUGAAACUCUCUAAAGUGGAGCUCUCUGAUAAUGGCACAUACAGAUGCUACAUUCCAACACUGAGCAAAGAAUCAUUCAUCACUCUCACUGUUGGUAUUUGAAAUUUUGAAAUUUGUGGCUCCAAAGCGAGCGGUGUUGAGGCUGAGCUCAUUACUACAUCACACCAGAAAGUCAAAUCAAAUCUGCAGGAAGCUUUAGCAUGAGCCACCCAGCGCUAUGCUGAGUGCGUACGAAACUUCUGUAGUCACAGUUUGCAUCGCACCCGGAUGACGAACAAAGCAGGACACUGGAAGUGUUGCUGAUUGUUCAGCAGUUAAAUAGUCUUUACAGCCUUCAAGAGGAUGGAAAUUUAUGUUAGGAAUGGCUGAUAUUUUUUUGGAGACAUUCUUCCCUCCAUUAUCCGUAAGUGAUUGUGUGUGUGUUCUGCAUAUUUUACAGCUGACUGUCUGCUUAACGGGACUCAGCAUUCAGCACAGGAUUUUCAACUUGUUCAUCUUCAGUCUUUAAAAAAGUGCACUCGUAAAAAUUGUUUCUUUCUGUUGCUCAGCUAAAGGAAAAUAAUACAGCUGUGCUAAAGCUAAGCUAGCGACCUCCGGCUACGUUUUGGAACUUAGACGUGAUCUUACCAUUAUGAA